AUAUAAAUAAUUAAAUAUGUAUUAUACUCUGUAUUGUACAGCACGUCUAUAAAAUAAUUUUUUACGGAUUUAUAGUACGGCGACACCUUUGAGUAUUCUUUUGAAGGAGCAACAGCGUCUUGAAUUAAAAUAAAUUUACAAAAAAAAUGUAUUUGAUUUCAAUGCCGAAUCCCCCUCCAAUUUUUUCCAUUCGCAUUAUUGAAGAGCUCAAUCUGUAUCGUUCGUAUAAAGCUAAUGUAACAAUGGAUACUACCGUAGAGCUAUUGCUGAAAUGCUUUAAAGCUCACAUUAAAGAUGAACUACACGACUAUAAACUUUUAUACAACGGACAAGACUUACAAAAUACUGAUACUCUUAAAAAUCUAGGAUUAAAGGAAAGAGACUAUAUCCGAGCAGUUCAAAUUCCAUUUAAACUUUAUGUGAAAACGCAAGAUAGAAAAAUUAUAGAACUUCAUGUGACUGGAAAAGUAGCUAUCUCUAUGGUCAAACAAAUGGUUCACAAACAUGUAAAUAUCCCUGUUUAUAAACAACGACUUCUUUUUGAUGGAAAGCAAUUGCAUGAUUUUAUGAUCUUGAAACUUUGUGAUAUUCAAAAAGGGUCAACAUUGGAGCUAGCUAUAGCUUCAUUUAAACUUUAUGUGAAGAAGAAAGAUGGAAGAGUUGUAAAACUCUAUCUAAAUGAAGAUGACACUAUCCAUGAUGUUAAACAAAUGGUUUGGCAACGUACGCGUAUUCCUGUUUAUAAACAAUGUCUUCUUUUUUGUGGAGAACAAUUGCAUGAUUCUAGCACCUUGAAGAGUUGUAAUAUUCAAAAUGAGUCAACAUUUGAGCUAGCUAUAGCUUCAUUUAAACUUAAUGUGAAAAUGCAAGAUGGGAAAGUCAUAGUACUUUAUGUAACUGAGAAGAAUACUAUCAAUGAAGUUAAACAAAUGAUUCAGGAACGUGAAGGUAUUCCUAGAUAUAAACAGCGUCUUUUUUCUUAUGAAUAUCAACUGCGUAGUAGUAGUACCUUGAAAUGUUGUAAAAUUGAAGAAGAGGCAACAUUGAAGCUAAUUAUAUCUAAGAGUAAUUCUCUGAUUCAUGUGAAAACAUUAACCGGAAAAAACAUUAUUUUGUCAGUAUGCGAGAACCUUUUUCCCCAAGUUGCAGUUGAUGCACCGAGUGAAAGAACAUUACAUCUCGUACUUAAUUUACGAGGAGGAAUGUUUCAAGAAACCAGUGGGCGUAUAGAUUUCAAUGCAUUACCACCACUUAUGCAAUAUAUGCAAGUUCCUGGAAGAUAUUUACAUGAUAAGGUUCAUGCUGGUAUUGCUUGUAAUUAUUGUGGCAAAAGUGAAUGGAAAGGAGCAAGAUAUAAGUGUUCAGAAUGUCUUGAUUAUGACUUAUGUUAUGAGUGCAUCAAAAUAUCCAAGUUGGUUCAUAAUGAACAGCAUAAUUUUUCGGAAAUAUUGGACCCAGAAAAUCAAAAUGAUUUUCCAAAAGAUAUUCCCGUUAACCCUGUUACCAUCUUACCAAUACUUCCAACAAAAAAGGAAGAAAUGUUAACCUUGCUACAAGAAGAAGAAAAGCGAAGGUUUUCAUCAGAAAUACAACAACAAUAUUACAAGGUUGGAAGUGAUCCCACAUCUGGAAAGGACUGGAUGGAUGUUACAGAUCAAAUGCAACAUAAUUUGGUUCGAGAAUUUGGUUACUCGGAUGAAGCUGUACAAUUAUUACGACGUGCCCCGCAACUUUACCAAGGUUAAAAAAAGAAGUUUUUCUUUUUUGCUAUCAUUGUAUUUGUAUAUUUGAUGCUUGCUUUAUUUUUAGACGACCCUGCAUUUCAUACGACUCAAGUAUAUGUUCGCAAUAAUAUUGUUUCUCGUGGAAAUCUCAAAGAAGGAAUGCUGGCACCUGAUUGUCCACUAGUUCCCCUAACGAAUGAUAAAACUAUUAUUCAACUACAUUCACUUUACAAACCGGGACGACCCUUUGUUCUACUUGCAGGAUCAUAUACUUGUCCAUUAUAUCGAUACAUAUCUCAUGUGCUCAAUGAUAUUUAUAGUCUAUAUAAUGAAAAUGUAGACUUUUAUAUGAUUCAAAUUCGUGAAGCACACGCCAGUGAUGU